UUUUUUUUUUUUUUCUUUUUUUUUCUCAUCAAUCCACUCACCUUCCUUCCUCAUUUAUUACACUUACUAUUAUUUUACUUUCUUUAACACGCAUUCUGCCUCUUUUACAACCAUGGUUUCUUCGGACCAUAGCUACCCACAAUAUCACCAUCACCAGCCAUAUCAAUAUCAUAAUGACACAUUUCAUCAUGAUAUUGCCCAUAUUUGCCAAAAUUCCUCCCAAAACAACUCUUCUCAAUGGAUUGCAACCCCUCCGCAGCAUCAACCUCUCAGCUCCAUGUUGCUGUUGCAUGAUCCAAAUGUCGAUCGCGAACUGAAGCAUAUAGCCCGUAGGAUGCUUCUGAAACAACGCAAGGCUGGCAUUCCAGAUGAUCAUGAUAACGACAGCGAUAAUGACAAUGAUGAUAGUUCACGUAGUGGUAGGAAUGAUGGUAAUUCGGCAACAACAGUGACAACAGCAACAGCUGCUGCUGCCCCAAGUUUAUUUGUGAUCUUACCAACCCUCAAGAGCUACAAUCGCUAUAGGGAACGUUGGCUGCAGUCAACAUAUGCGCAUGCACAUCCAUAUGCACAAGUACAUACACAUGAUACGCAUGAUGUGCAUGCAUUUGAGACAAUGAAUAACAGGGCGUCUAUGUCUGCAACGCAAGGCUUAUCAGAACUAGAGUUUCGACUUUAUUUCAUGUGUGACUAUGGUGGCGGGCAAGAUGAAUGGCCAUUGAGACUUCAUCUGUGUACAGAAGAGCACUCUCCUAUGGGUCCAGCAAAUGAUUCUAUAGACUCCGAAAUGAGGGAUGAUAGCGAGGAACCUUAUUAUCAUCGAUGUUACCAAUACCCCCAUCAUCAUCCUAUGGAUGAUAUUGGCGUGGGCGGCUUCCGACUAGCUGAUCUAGACCAAUUCUUGUCUGUGUAUACGAUUCCAAUGCUCAGCCUUUUACGUGCUCUUCAGGAUAGUCAUGACCCUACUGUACCCAACGGAAUCACCAAUUCCUCAAUGUAUUUUGGAAAUAGCAGUGAAGAUGCCAUGAUGAAUGCACCAAUCGAUCCUUCACACAUUGCAGGACGGAUCCGUGCAGCCAUCCGGUUCUUGACAACAACUACGCGUGCUCGUGAAGCAUUACUGGAUUUUCAAGAACACCCAACAGUGGACGAGAAAGAUUUUGAGGAGUAUGAAUCUGCUUUCCCUAAUCUUCAAGCAGCUGAUUUUUGGGCCCACAUGAUCCCAAGCGGUGACAGCAGUGCCAACAAUAGUACAGCAUUGUGUACAGAUUCCAAAAUCCUAGGUGGACGAGUCCUUUGCCAGAUGAGUAAUUUUGCUAUGAGCGAAGGGAUCUUGUGGCUAUGUCCAUCACAUAACGCAGUCUUUUGUAACAUCUUUGCAGCACAGCGACUCAAGGAGUUUAUUCAACAACACCAUGGAGAUUGUGUCCCUAUCGAGAAGAGUUGUGAGAUACAAUUUUUCAAGAGAGAAGACGCCCGAAUGUUUUAUGCCAUGCUGGUCGAGUAUAAAUGUCUGAUCAAACUCAAGAUCCGCUUAGCAUGGCCUCGUGAUGAUAACGCCAAUGAGUGCAAGAGAGGAUUGUCCGAUGCUGAUGACGAAGAUGACGAUGAAAGGCAUUUCAAAAGUGGUGAGUUAUGUGAAGCGGUUCAUGCAUCCACUUUGCGCGAGUUGACAAUCGAUUGCGGGGGCUAUUGCACAAUAUUUGAUCGGGACCCUGAUGAAUUGACUCAAUCGGACCAAGACGAUGGAAAGGUGUUUCCUUCCAUUGUUGGGUAUAUCUGCCAUAGAGGAUUAAUGUCCUUCACAGUCGAGAAAUUCGAUGGUUACCUUUUCCCGGAUCAAAUAUCGCUUGAAGCCCAGGGGCCUGUUGAAUCAUUUUCAUUAACUGAGUUCCGGCGACAUGCUUCUAAGAGCCUUCUACAGCUAGCCGAGGAACAGAAGAAUACUGCUGGCAACAUUAUCGCCACUACCACCACCAACAACAAUAAUAAUAAUAACAACUUUGUACUGUCGCUGCACAACAGUAUUACACUGCGUCAUCUGGCAAUCCGGCAUUGGACACGGUACUUUAAUGCCCAGACUUUCGCCUCUGUAGUCGCAUGUUGUCGCGAAUUGCGAGAACUCGAGACUCAAAUUUCUGAUUUGCACCAGAUGAUGUACUCACUCCAGGACAAGAUCCCUAACUUUGGCAAGCUCACGUAUUUAAACUUGAGUGUCUCAACCCUCGAAUCUGCAGAGGGGGUGAUUUGGCAGGUCCAUGACGACCAAGAUAAGGAUCAACCUCGACGAGCAGCAAUUCGAAAAGUCCAACAUAUGGGAACAUUCGAAGCCAUGCACAAUGUGAUCCUUAAUAACAUUGUAUCUCUUCAAACUAUGGAUUUAGCUUGUGAGACAGUAUAUUUUGCGGAAUGGUGGUCAUUUUUGACACAAGAGUUGUUGGAAGCAGAGGCGAUUGCAGCUGCAGCUGCACUUGCUUUGGAUGAUGAUGACGAUGACGAUGGUAGCGAUAGUGGUGCCCUGACAGGAUUAACAUUUGAUAAAUUAAGAAGGAAAGACCACCGCCAGCCAGUUCUUUUACGGUUGAACGACCUGAGGGGUCAUUGUCUCGAAUCAUCUUGUACACGAAGGAUGGACCAAACACAAUUAAUGAUUACAUCCUAUGACGACUCAUUUCGCCCGUACCUACAAUCAUUGAGCCGAGUAGCCAAAGCCCUGAAUAUUGAUGCUGAGUUUGUGCAAGCUCAAUCUUUAGAGUUGUUGGCGCAACAUGCGGCAGUUGAUGGGCUUUGGUUCCAUGAGUUGGUUUGGUUCAUGACCCCACAAACACGUGGCAACUCUGUGUUUAUGAGGGCUCUUCAAUCGUUGGUUCGGCGGCCAGAAGUGCAAAAGUUCACGAUCCGGAUUUCUGCAGACGGAGGAGGAGGGGCAGAAGGAGGUAGCGAGAAUAAAUCCGACAUCUUUUCCUCAUCGUCAUCGUCUUCAUCUUCGCUGGAACAAAUUCGAACACUGGUUCAGACUUGGAACGAAGUGACGGGAAUGAGGUUAGGUUGGGUGGAGUAUGGACAAUGGAUGCAAGAACUUGUUGUGCAGUUAGAGCAUCCAUUCCGUGAGACAGUCUGUCUGCCUACAGGCGCAGGUGAAAUAUCGUUUGCUUCGGAGGACAGAGUCCGGAUCGGUGCUCCUUCCCCACCCGUGCCUAAUGAGGUUGAAAACCCACAUGGUGGCCCAAUAGUGUUCUCGUUGUCAUGUAGAUGUAUCUAAACCAGAAAAUAAUAAUGAAUAAGAAUUUAG